AUGUUCAGCACAUUAUUUGAAUUGUUUCGGCGAUGGAUAGCAGUGAUUCCUCUGAUGAUCACUCUUCAAGUGAUGCUGAAACGGAAAUUGAUGAAAAUGAUGAACAACCAAUGUCAGAAAUUGAAGGCAAUGUAUUUCGAAUUCUUAAUUUUUUAUUUCCCCUUAUCUUAUAUGUAUAUGUUUUAUGAACUUGAUCCUGAAGAAGAAGAAGAAGAAGACAGCCUAUCGCCUUGGUUAAAAGAAUAUUGGCAACUUAAAUUUCUUCCAUAUUAUGAUGAAAUUGAAAAGGAAGCAAAUGAAUAUUUCAGGUAUAUUUCAUUCUAUUCAUGUCGAUUCAGUAAAGCGGAUUAUAUAUCACUCGCUGAAUUUUUAUACGCUUGUUUGACAAUGAAAGGAGCAGAUUUUCGUAUUGUCAAGAAUAGUGCAUUGUGCCUUGCAGCGUUAUUGAAGAAAGAUCUCAUUUCACAUAGCGAUUUGCAAUUGGGCUGGCGAAGAUUGUAUGAAAUCUAUGUGGAAGUGGCAUAUAAAAAUUUAGAAGGAGACGGAAUUUUGUUGCUUCCAGAAGAAUUAAAAGGAUCAUUGGAAUUGGUAAUCGCACGAUGUCGAUUGUUUUUCACUCAUGAUGCUACAAGGGAAAUCUUAGAUGAGGUGCGACCAUAUAUGUGUCCUUGGGAUGAAAGUAUGCACCGUGCAUUGACAAUAUUUUAUCUGUUUUUGCCGACAUGUCUUGAUCAUAAUCUUCAUGAUAAAUAUGGUGCACGACUAUGGUUCGAAGAAAUGUGGCAUUGGUUUACUAAAUUCGAAGUGAAUGCUAUAUAUGAACAACGAAUCGAGAGUAUUCUUUCUAGGUUGACUCGUGAAUGCCCAGGAUAUGUGGAUUGGAGUGAUAAAUACGAUGUAAUCAUGACACGUGUAUUAAGAAGUUUUAAUCUUGAAGUUGGUCAGGAACGUGUUAAAGCUGGUUCUGCCGUCACAUCGUUUAAUCUUGAUAUUGCCGCCUCUUGGAUUGCUUACAUGUUGGGUGGACCAAAUGAUGGGAUUCAAUCUCAUUUAACAGUUCUUUUGCGCUCCCUUGAAACAUAUUUGUAUCCUUCAAAUUACGUGCAUGGUUCGGCAGCCAUUCUUGGUUUUCUGAAAAAACUUUCUAAUGCAGUUUGUGGGCGAGUCAAUAGGGAGCGAUAUAGAAAGAAAAAUCUGCACCCUCAAGUGCCUCCAAAUUUGCGUUUAACAAAUGCACAAUUAGAUACAUUUGUUGAAUCGAUGUUACCUUGUGCAAGGCUUGCAGUUUUCUCGAAAUACAAGCCAGAAUAUGGACCAACAAUUAUGCACUCAUUAGACAAUUCUUUGUGCGCUUUGGUUGGUAUCGCUGUUGCUCUUGUGCGAGAUGAUUCGAAUCUAGGAAAUCGUAAACGAGGAAAUUUAGAAACCAUGGAGGAAUUAUCUGGAAAACCAUAUCGUGGUCAUGCUAUAUCCCUUAUGAACGCAAUCAUACCUGGUUUGGAUGGAAAUAAUAUACCCAAAAUGAUGGUGGCUUUUCAGGUACUACAUUUAUUAUUAACAAUGGUUCCCAUUGUUGAUUGUUCUGACGCAGUACAUUUAAGAGACGAUCUUAAUGAGGAGGAAAAAGAAGUCUGUUCGGCAACAGCCAAUUUUGAUACUAUUAUUCAGAGUCUUAUAGAAAAAAUGUUUGAAAUGAUUGACAAAUUAAUAAGCACCAUACCACAAGCAUCAACAAAUCUUAGCGAGUCAGAAACUUAUGAACGCUUUCUCAAUCUUUUCUCAAAUAAGCUGAAAAUGUUAAUCAGCGAUGAUACAUAUGAAGAGGAAGAAUUAGAUUCAACAAUUAUGUGGUACCUGACACUUGGUUCCAAGUUAUUCGCCGCCACAGGGCCACAUUUACUUCAACAUAAAAACCGAGUCCUGGAUUUACUUAGACUUAUUCUUCCAUUAAAAAGUCGUUCUGCCUGUGAGGUUUCUAGAAAUGCAUUGUUCCGUUUACUUUAUUCGCUUUGCAAUAUUUGUUUGUCAAGAACUAAAACUUGUGAAGAUUUAGAUAAACCACUGGAAAAAUAUCUUCCAAUAAGGCAUUGGGCGAAAAUUGUUGAUAAGCGAACAUUGAAAGUGAAUUUUCACGUACCUUCUGAUGAGGAACUUGCAUUUGUAAAUGAGAUCUUAGAAGAAUUCUUUUUUCCGGAAUUGGAAAAAUUAAAGAAUGUUGAAGCUUUAUCAAAAGGUGAUCUUUUGAAGAGCUUGGAAAUCGUUUGUAGUGCGUUGGAAGGUGUUUUGGCUUUAGUUCCACCAUUGGAUGGUACUCCUCUGAUUUGGAAAGAACAUCCUAUCAAAUUUUACCUAUUUGAAUGUGUAACGGCUCCAAGUCGUAUUGAUCACUUUUCAGUCAAGGUCAAGGACGGACUAAAUUUAAGGAAUGUCGUAUUAGAACGAAUAACAGCUGUUGCCGACUACUUAUUGCAGUUCCGUGAAAGUGAAACCAAGCCACUAAGAGUAAUUGUCGGGAUUUUGCACAUUAUUUUAUUCACGAAAGGAUUAGAUAAGAAAAGGCUUUUGUGGCGAUCGGGUUUUUAUUUCAAUGAUAAAUAUUUGCAAGUUGUCAAAUUAUUAUUUCGAUUAAGUACAAGCACUUAUAGCUUAGUUCGUACUAGUGCCCAACGAGUUCUUGAUAGUUAUCUCCAAAUGACACCUUAUUCAUAUUGCUAUAUUCUUGACGAUAUUCUUGCUCUUCUCCGAAAUUCUCCACAAGUAUCACAUGAACAAAUGAAAGGAGCUUUAUAUAUAUUAUUAAACGGGAAACGUGCAGCUAUUUGUGUACGACAAAACUGGGAGACAUUGUUCAAGAUUUGGCCGGCAUUGGUUGAAGCACAGCAUUCAGAGAAACCAUCAGUAAUACAGUUACUUGAGUUUGCUCAAAAUACUGUUGUUGAUAAUUUUGAGUCGUUUCAAAUCAAUUUCAAAUUUUUGGAUAAUACUGUUGAUGCAGCGAAGAAUUUAUACAAAAAUGGCUGUAAUAAUUCAGUUCAUUCACCGGCAUGGCCAAUGCCUGAUGAAAAUGAGAUUCAAUUGGCCAUUUUAGCUGAGGAAGAAUUGUCUCGAGAGAAACGACGGCUUUAUUAUGCUCUAUGCGAAAAAUUAAUUGCACUAAGCACAGAUACAACUCUUCACUGGCGACAUGUGGACAUGGCUCAAUCCUUUUUGUCAAUAUUGAUUCGUAGGGAUGUGCCGUAUCCGGACGAGGCUAUUAAACUUUUCGUUCGUUUGCUAAUUGAUGAUAAAAUCAAAACUCGACGAAUGGCUACUGGAUUGGUCGGUGCAUGGCUUCGUAUCAAUAAGCAAAAAGCAGUUAAGGUCAUUUAUGAUGUAGACCCGCCGUCAAAUCUUGGUCCUGGCAGCAACUGGCCUAUCUUUUCAUGUAUGAUUCUCAAAAAAUUCCACGCAAUGCUGAAGAGUGGAACAAUAGAUGUUUUUACACAAAAGUACACUGGUGCUUUAACGUUUGGCCAAAUCUAUGCGGCUCCAUCGAAACAAGAAGCUGCUAAUCGUGGUCUGGACCAACUCAAUGAAACCGAACGCACAAUUUUGCAGUUUUUUAAUGACGAUGAAUUUUGCUCAAAAUUUUGCAAUUAUAUGAGUGUUGAAGAAAAAAAAGAUGAUGAUGGAUUUAAUGCAGGUGAACAACGUUUCGCAUCGGAAAUAAUAGCUGGGUUGGUAAUUGGUAGUAAAUUAUGGCGAUAUGAGAAGUUGGUUUCAAUGUGGAAAUGGUUAACGCCAUUUAUCACCAAUUGUCUUGAGUCAAUAAAAAAUGAAUUUGUGAAGGAUUGGGGUACGUCCAUUGCGACUGUUUUUGGCGCUGUCGAUCCAACCAUUUUGCACUGGUAUAUCGAAAUUUUGUUUGCAGUGGCUAAUAAGCCCACUGAAACCAGUUUUCAUUCUGCAGUACGGCUUUAUUUUGUGCAGGGUGCACUGAAUCAAUGCGAGUGGCGCGUAAUGGAACUUUGGCAUCGCCUCAUUAAACUAUGUUAUGAAGAAAUGACUGAAUCUUAUCAAAAUCUUCGAGAACGUAUUGGUUCAUGUUUGUCGACGAUUUUAUGGUUCGAUUUAGAUGGUGUUUUCGUUGAUAAAAGUGUACCACCAAAAUUUCGUCCACCGAGAGUAUCUGAUAUGAUGGCUUGUAUCAAUACAAUGAUCGAAAGUUUGUGGUCAGAGGUGGCUGAAGCUAAAGGAUGUGAUGAGAAACAAGAAAAUAAUGAUAGCCAUAAAUUCAACUGUGAUGAAAAUGGGCGAAAAAAGCGUGUCAAAUUUGCUUUCUUUCAGGCAAUAUCAGUUCUAAAAACGACGUUAAGUUACUUGGCUGCUCACUGGAUUCAUUCAUUUACUUCACUUCCUCUUCCAAUAUUCAAUAUUCUUCCACUAUUGAUGCAUUUCGAAAAUGAAACCAGUGAUGAAGAAUUAAAAGCAAGUUGUCACUGUCAGCUUCAUGCUGGAUUGGCAACCGCUUUUAUCUCAGCAGAUAAUGCUUUAAUGAUUAUAGGAGGUAUUACGGAGUUGUCCUGUUCUUCUUCAUCAUGGUGGAAGGCUAAAGUAUCGUUAUGCAAAUAUUUGCAAGUAGCUAUUUUUUCUAAUAUGUUUGUAUUCAUGGCUCAUCGACCUGCGCUUCAAAAUGUUCUUUCUAUUUUGAUCAAGGAUGCACGUCUCGAAGUUCGUGAUAUUGCAGCUGAAACUCUUUCUGGUUUUUUCCACUGCUGCUUUUUUGAUGUGCAGAAUGAACUCAUUGAAGAGUUUCAUGCUUGGUCCAAGUCAGAAGAUACUGUAACGCGUCAUGCAGGAGUAUUAGCGCUCGCAGCAAUCGUUCAAGCAUUUCCAUAUUCAGUACCGUCGUUUCUGCCUGGAGUAUUAAUGUUGCUAUGUCCUCAUGCAACUGAUGAUCAACCAAUUAAGGGAACAGUAAAAAAGGCACUGAACGAAUUCAAGCGUACGCAUCAAGAUUGUUGGCAUGAACAUAAGACUCAGUUCAGUGAGGAUCAACUUUCAAUCUUAACAGAUUUGCUUGUAUCACACACCUAUUAUGUUUAA